UCUACUUGUUCGGAUUAAUAGUUUUCAUUUUUCCAAAACUGUUGUCCGAAUGAUCAAAAUAUAUGUGGUUGGAAUUUCUUUAUUUUUUAAGGAUAAAAACAAAAAUUAAACAUUAUAAGUUUAUUAAUCUCAACAUGAUUGAUUGAAAAUAUCCUUCUUUUAAAAUUAUAAUAUUCAGUGCAAUUUUUUUUUAUCGAUUCAUAUUAAACGUUCUCAUUUUCAUAUCUCAACGCCUAUAAAUAAACUCAUUCGGCAAACACGAAAUAUCUGUCAAAGUUAAUUUCUCACCCGACUAGAUAACGAUGUUCAUCCACUGUUUCUGCCCAGCAGAUUACUGAUAAGCAAUCGAAGACAUUUGCUUUGGCUUACAUACUGUUUACCACUAUAUUCACGUUUGUUUUCUACUUUCUUUUUUUAUCUUCAAAUGUUUUUGUUAUGUUACACCUAGGCGGAAUAGCAUAAACUUUGGAUAUUUUACAUUCUUGUGAAGUUCGAGAAAAAAUCAAAAUUGCAGAUUUGUGUAACGAAGUUAUGUAGACGUGCAAUAUCUAUUUCUGUAUGCAGACAGGUGCGAGAGCGAAUUGAAUUAGGCAAUAACACUAUCUAUAGCAUCAUUUAAUUUUUCAUUCCACUUAUAUGUGAAAUCUCUUGAUUGAAUUUCAAGAAAUCAGUAUUAGCAGGAUUUAGUAGUACGUUUCCUGUCUCUUUUUCUAGUUUGACUGAAAUUCGGCUUAUAUUUUCUAUUGAUACCUGAUGAUUACAGAUGUUAGUCAACGAAGGAAUUAUAUUACGAUGGUUUUACCUUAGCUACUAUAUGUCGCCUGUGCAUUGAAAUCUUUGAUGGAUUUUAAACUUAAAUUGAAUAAAGUGCGAUCUUGAGUUUAGUUUGACAGAAUAAGUAUUUAAGGAUGUUAUAACAUUGUGAAGUGAUAGAAAUAUUAUAUGAUUAUAAAGCAUCCGGAAAUACCAGGAAUUCUUACGCAAAACGGACUAACGUACCUUAACUGUUCAGAAGAUAUCCGAAAAGACUUAAACUUACUUCCGGCAAACGGAUAAUUAACGAACGAUAAUUAUUGUGCCGAAAUACAAAAAAAAACCUUACCAUACCGUGAACCGUGUGUGGAGGAAAAGAUUGCUUAUAUAAAUUUUAAUUCCACUUGUGAAAAUCAUUCCAAAAAGCAAGAACAAUGGAAACUGGCUACAAAGCUGCAAGUUUAUUAUCAAAGAUUGUCCUUGGACUGAUUAUAAUAGCUUUUAUAUUAGAUAUGAUCGGGUUUUACACGACUAACUGGUCUACCAUAGAGUACAUAGAUCCGUUUAGGAUAACUGAAAGACUCCGUGUUGAGGAAUACAUAGGACUCUGGAAACAUUGCAUUGUUACCCGUUAUAUGGCAAAAUGCAGUAAUUUUAAAAAUUAUGGAAGCUGGUUUGAAGCAACCCAAGCGUUCGAGACACUCGGAUUCAUCGCAGCCAUUGUGGCGCUUGUCUUGAUCGUUCUGUACAUCUUCGUGCCCCAGACUUCUGGCAAGAGGAUAGUCUUCAUCCUUGGCAUGGUCGCUUGCUUUGCUGCGGCUGGUUGCAUCAUUCUUGGUAUAAUAAUCUAUGGUUCGAAGGUGGAGACGAAUCUGUCCUGGUCGUUCGCCCUCUGUACUAUAGCUGGAAUCAUCUUUGGUGUCUCGGGAAUUCUCCUAAUCGUUGAUAUGCUCAAACGCUAGGGUCACGUGAUGCCGGUACCUAGCGUGAUUACCAGGUGUUAAGACGUCAUGCACAUAUAUUGCGUGCCUGUAAUAGGAAAUUGCCUGAGAAAUGUGAAAAAAACGGGAAAAUAGUUUUGACUAGUAAUGUUUAUUUCUAAGUUUUAACCAAGUUAAAAAGCAAUUUGAAUGUUGUCUUAACCUUGUUAGCAAGUGAACUCAUCUUAGGCAUAUAUAAUAACUGUUUUAUUACAUAGAGGCUUAAUUUUUAUAAACUCGUAUAUAAUAUUCGCUUUUUUUCAUUUUUAUUGUUAAGUGUUUUUUACAUAUUAGAAUUAUAUAUUAUGUACCCUAUUUUUAAUCUUAAUAUUUCUACAUGGUUGUCGUUCCUUACAAACGCGAAAUGUUAACUUUAACGCUACUGUUCUGACCCAGUUUAGUUUAACAGCUAUAUGUGAAUGAACUGAAAAUCGUCUGUCAGGCCGAAUGGCUCAUACAUAGCGGUAUGACGUUAUGAAUUGGUUGACAGUACUUUAUUAAGGUAAUGUAGACGUAGAAAGUAUGUAGUGGUUGAUUCGUUUAGUUUCGGGCACCAUUAAACAAGUGUCAUGUCUACUGGCGUUUGAUGUCUGUGUGUAUCUGUGAUUUCUGACGUCCAUAAGGAGAUUCCAGUGUAACUGGAUUCUGAUCUGUGACGGCAACAUUGAUUUCUGUCACAUCAUGUCAGCUGGAUCAGAUCUCUGAAGGGAACAGACAUUUUCUGUCACACUUGAGCAGGAGCCUUGAACAUUGUGCACAUGCAAAAGUCAAUGAUGUGAUAAGAGAUAGUGUUCUGGAAUGCAGACUGUUAUGGAUAAAGUCUAAAGUAGACGGAAAAGUCACGUGGUAAAUAUUUACGACAAUGGAAAGCAGGUCUUGGUUCUUAUCUACAAGAGAUAAUCUUAGUCUCAAGAGGACUGGGAACCAGAGCAGAGCAAUGUACCAUUUUAUUCCUUUGACAGCAAUUAGAGUACUACUCCAGAGAUAGAGUUGUCCAAAGAACAUGGAACCAGACCAUUGAUUGUUGGUCCCAGUACAUAGAUUUUUGACUUCUUGAAAUAAUGUAGGAGACCAGCCUAUUGUUAGAACCGAGUCCCAGCAUAUAGGACCAUAAUGAGUACAUAGGAAUCCGCCCGAUCGCGUCCGUACUAGAUUGUAGGUAUCAGUUGGCUCACCUGGACUUGUUGCGCUACCAAUCAAAGGGAAGUAAGCGAUAAUUUUGUUUUUAGAUCAAAAAAUGAUUAUCUUCUCGUAUAUACUUAGCGUUUUCAUUUUCAAUCAUUCAUUAAACGAAAAUCUUAAGUUUGAUAAGGAACGAUAACCACAGUAGAAAUAUUGAUAUGCAUUUAACUAUUCUUAUACCAUGUAUAAAAGAGUUGAUGACCCUGCAGCUUACGUUUUUCAAUAAAUCUCGAGUGAAUUUUGUAGACAGUUCUUUGAAACUGACCAUAUACUUAAUGUUUAUAGAAAUUACCAGGACGUUCUUUAGCCUUUGAAAAUUUAUAUUUACUUUUUUAUAUCAUGUUUAAUCACUUUUUGCCAUAGUGUCUUGCCGAUCAGUGCAACUAAAGGGUGAAAUUUAAUGGGACUUCACCGCACGGUGCUUAACCUUUAGCCUGCUGGUGGAAAGUGAUUCUGCCUCUGCGACCUGUGCAGACCAAGAUCAGCCUGCCCAUCCGUGCAGGCUGAUCAUGGUCUGCACUGUUCGCUUUUCAGUCAGUAAAUUUUCAGUGAACACCUCUUCGAAUAAGAAAUGGUAUCACCCAAAUUGAAUGACGGACGAGUCCAUUUUUGAAAUUUAGCAGGCUAAAGGUUAAGUAAUGACCAAGAGUUUUAUUAAUGCUGCUAGUUUGAUGCCUUAAAUAAUUUUUUUUAUAGUUGUUUCUUUCUUUUUAAACUGUUCCGCUUAACGUGUUACUGUUUCAGCCCCAUUUGCCAAUGGCGGAUAUGGGCACACCAGCAAACGGUGUACAACCGGUGCUAAGUACUGCCAGGGAUAAGUUCAAUAUACUCACUUAUUUCAGGUGUUAACUUUUAAUACUUAAAUGGCGCAGAUUUUUCUCUCUACCUCUGCUGCAGACUACAAAAAGUUUUGAAGCCCAGGUCUGACUUGUAUAUUGAGCACACAAUUUCACUCGACUCAAACUUAACAUCAAUUUUUUAAUAAUUUUAAAAAAUACAGGGUUUGUUUUUUGUAGAAACCAUGGUGACAUACCAAUAUAUAUUUUUACCAAUUUACAAAGUUUAUAGACGUCUGUUUAUAAUAUCACGCACCGAAAAUAUAUUUUGUGGUGGCAGAAAAUUUUAAGAUGGCAGCAAACUACAGUUAAAAGACAGCUUUAAAGAUAUAGUCAAAAGGCACCUUUCUAGUCGCAAGAUCAGUCAGUUUCAUGAAAAAUGUGUUCAAGUGCAAUUAUUAGUGAAUCAAUUAUUUUCUUGUCUUUGCUUUUACUUCUUUACUUGUGGUUGACAGUUUGUGUAUAAGUUUUUCAAAUAAAUUUUAUAUACUUUA